GAUAAGAAAGCAGCCGAGGGGCGUGGAACCGAGGGGCCUAUGGCUCCUGCUUCCAGAAAACAGAGUCCGCCGGGGACCCCCAGUUCUUAUUGGGACAGGAGGGGCAGGGAUCUCCCGUUCUGGAACCCGGGUCCGGCCGUGAUGAGAAGCGAGUGGGUGUGUCCGCUUCCGCCCGCUGGCCUUCAGACGAAGCAGAGCGCCUGGAAGCGGUACUUUGUUCCCGAAAUGGGUUUCGUAUGCGCGCCAUCCCGGCGCUAGAAGUACAACUUUGCAGCCAGGGCGCCGGGCAGCUGGGUUGGGGUCCGGGGGGAAGGGCGGGUCCUGCCCGCAGCUCUCCGCAAAGCUAGGCGGCGGGGCCGGCGGAGUUCCCACGGGUCGUGGGCGGCGGUGAGAUUAGCACCGUCUGGGUCCCCGGCUGGCGGCGACGCUCCGGGAAGCCCGUCCCGCCCUCGCUCCCGAUCCUCCUCUGGGCGGCUUCGGGGGCUAGAAUUCGUCAGGAACCAAGCCCAAAACUUUCCCUCGAGCCCCGUGUUCCUUUUGUCUUCCUUGGCGGCGGCGGAGACGCCUUAGCUGCGAUCCCUUGUCCUGGCCUCGCUCACCGAGUCUCACCGGUACCCUAGAAGCACAGGGGUGCUGGGGUUCCGCGCGUCCGAUGGCGGCGGCCGCGUCCCCCAGAUGUGCGAGUCAGAGAGCCUGCACCCCGGCCUGACUCAUCCUCCCGCGGUGACUACACCGCGUCCUCAGCCGGAGCCCCACGGGGAUGGGGAGUGAGACCGCGGCUGCCCGCGGCUGCCCAGAUUCCUCCUGACGCCCCCGACCCCGCCGCCUCUCCCGCUGGUCCCCGGAGACGUACGCCUUCGCGACAGCUACGAGAGCAGAGAGCCCCGAGAGGCCACUGGAACCCCGAGACCCGGCGCUCAGGACAGAGCCCAAGAGGAAGCUAUGAUAGCCACUGGUGGGGUCAUCACCGGCCUGGCGGCCCUGAAGCGGCAGGACUCUGCCAGGUCCCAGCAACACAUCAACCUCAGCCCGCUGCCUGCUACCCAGGACCAGAAACCUGUCAGACGGCGCCCGCGAGCUGACGUCGUGGUGGUCCGGGGGAAAAUCCGACUUUAUUCUCCAUCUGGAUUUUUCCUCAUUCUGGGAGUACUGGUGUCCAUUGUAGGAAUCGCCAUGGCAGUCCUUGGAUAUUGGCCCCAGAAGGAGCAUUUCAUCAACGCAGAGACCACUCUGUCCACCAAUGAGACCCAGGUGGUUCGGAACCAGGGCGGUGUGGUGGUGCGAUUCUUCGAGCAGCAUCUACACUCGGAUAAAAUGAAGAUGCUUGGCCCGUUCACCAUGGGUAUCGGCAUCUUCAUUUUCAUCUGUGCCAAUGCCAUUCUUCAUGAGAACCGCGACAAAGAGACCAAAAUCAUCCACAUGAGGGAUAUCUAUUCCACAGUCAUCGACAUCCACACGCUGAGACUCAAGGAGCAGAAGCAAGCGAACGGCCUGUACGCAGGUUUGCUGGGAGAUGCCGAGGUGAAGCAGAACGGAAGCCCCUGCGCAUCCAGGCUGGCUGCCACCACCCUGGCCUCCUUCUCAGGGAUGCGGAACAGCUUUCGUGUGGACAGCUCUGUGGAGGAGGAUGAGCUGAUGUUGACUGAAAGUAAGAGCCCGAGGCACCUCAUGCCCCCGUUGCUCUCGGACAGUGCAGUCUCUGUCUUUGGCCUUUAUCCACCUCCAGCCAAGACCACCGAUGACAAGACCAGCAGCUCCAAGAAGUGUGACACCAAAUCGAUCGUGUCGUCAUCCAUCAGUGCUUUCACGCUCCCUGUGAUCAAGCUUAACAACUGUGUCAUUGAUGAGCCCAGUAUAGACAGCAUCACCGAGGUCGCAGACAACCUCAAAAGUAGGUCCAGGAAUCUUUCAAUGGAUUCCCUUGUGGUCCCACUGCCAAGCUCUGGCGAGUCCUUCCAGCCCGCCAGCACAUUACUCCCAAGGAACAAUUCCGUUGGGGAGUCCCUAUCGAGUCAGUACAAGUCCUCUGUGGCCCUGGGACCCGGGACUGGACAGCUCUUGUCUCCUGGGGCCGCGAGAAGACAGUUUGGAUCCAACACAUCCUUACAUUUGCUCUCUUCUCAUUCCAAAUCCCUAGACUUAGACCGAGGUCCUUCCACACUCACGGUGCAGGCAGAACAGAGGAAGCACCCGAGUUGGCCCCGAUUGGAUCGGAGUAACAGCAAAGGCUAUAUGAGACUGGAGAACAAAGAGGACCCAAUGGAUCGACUGCUCGUUCCUCAAACAGCAAUCAAAAAAGACUUUACGAAUAAAGAGAAACUCCUUAUGAUCUCAAGAUCCCAUAACAACUUGAGUUUUGAACAUGAUGAGUUUUUGAGUAACAACUUGAAGCGAGGAACUUCGGAGACAAGGUUUUAGUGUUUAAAAAAAAAAUAGACCAUGUUCGGUGGAGGUAUAUGCUACUUUAGCCAGUGUGCUCCUCCCUUUUAAAGCAUUGGUCGGAAGCCUUUCAAAAUCAAAUGUCGGUGUGUUAGAAAUGGCUGGUUAAUUCUGUAAUGAAGAUGGCUGUAUGUGUGGGUUCUUUUUCCCUACAGAACUGUAGAUUAUCACGUGAGAUUUUUUUGUUUUCUCACUCUCUGAGAGCAUGGUUUCUUUUGUUAACGUAGAUGCAAAAUACCUGCAUUCAUAUUAAGAACUUGGCUUUACUUUCAAAAUCUAUCACCGAUUAUCAUCUUCAUAGAGUGACCAGUGGCCAGUACAGAAAGCGCAGAAUACCAAAGUGGGCAAGGAACGUUAAAUUCAGGUCCAAUACUCAAUAGACAUAUUUAUAAACAAGGGUGAGUGUAGUCUUAAGAUGCGAUUUUCUCAAUCGUUUUAUACAGGAUUGCUCACAUUACUUAACAGGAGAACUCAUUGCUGUUCUAUCUGUCGUGACUCAUACUCUGAACUCUUUAUGGGCAGUACAUAUAUAUGUAUAUUACACAUCAGUUCUGCUAGGGUGAUACUUUAAUGAAAAAAAAAAUUCCUGGUGGAGAAGUCCAUGUUUUAGAGACAAAUAGCAAAAGCUACUAGUUGUAACUUUAGAGCCUCAGAGCCAAACAUUUUCUCUGCAACGUGGUGUGAAAAAUGAGUGGGCCAAUGUAGUUUGUAGGAUUUCUGUCCUGACACGAGCAGAGAGAACACCGCCUAAGGAGAAAAGGUAGUGUUAUUUGCAUCUUACAUCUAGCUACCUGCAGUUGUCCAGAAUUCACUCACCCCGUGUCCUUAUUUUCUUCCAAAAAUUUUUAUUGUUAUUACCUGGAAAAUAAUCAGCUAACCUCAGCACUUCUUCAUAUUUCCACAAACCACCAGCUUGAUGGUGAAAGAGAGUUUAGCACCUGACAAGCUGCCUUGUGAUUUACCCCGUGCUGGAAAGCCUUCUGCUAACUCCAAAGACUCUCUCCUGCUUGGACAAGUUUUGAGGGUUGUGGUUCUCAAACACAUUAAGUUGUCGAAGAUACUAAAUACUAAAGUGAAUGUUUCCAUUAGACAUCUCUCUCACUUCCGUGAAGGUAGCAUGGUUUUAAGAACCAUUUAAUGGGGUCCUAGAAGAGUGUCCCCGCAGUGAAGAGCAUUUGCUGCUCUUGGAGAGAACCCUGAUUUUGUUCUAGCACCCACAUGGUGACUCACACCAUGUGACUGUAACUCCAGUUUCAGAGGAUCUAACACUCUCUUCUGGCCUCUGAGCACCAGGCAUGCAGAUGGUGCAUUUAUAUACACAUAUAGGAACUUAUACACAUAAAAUAAAAUCUUUACUUACAAAAGUCUAAUGGAAUACUCAGGAAAUUUUGCUGGUUUUUUUUCCCAAAGCCUAAACAAUUGUGAACAUUCCUAUUGCGGUCACUAGAAAGAGCAGAGAAAAGACACAUUGGUAAGAGAAAGCAUCCCAAAAUCCCAAACCUGUGUUUACACAGACAUCUUCCUUCUGGAGAGGCACCCUGCCUCCUAGAAGCUCAAGCCCGUGUGUUAUAAUAGACUGAGCUCAAUAUUUUACUAUAAAAAACAUUUAGUAAAUGUCUGUUACUCAUAGAAAUGUGUGUUCUUCAUACCUUUGCUAUCAUUUUUUAAAUAAAAUGGACAUUUCUGUUUAAAAUA